AUGCAGUCGAUUCGCCCCUGGUGGGCGUCACCGUUGAAGGGAAGGUAUUUGUCUUCAAGCACAGGAUCAUUAAUAUCACAGGCUAUUACGAGAACUAGACCUUCUCGGGUAACACGCGGGUAUUUAAUACCAGGGAGAUGGAGCAGUACGGCGUCGCCGGAGCAUGCGUUCCAACAUCGGCUUCAGGAAGUAAAGGAAUCAUGCCCGGACCCGUAUCCUCGUUUUGGAACCAGCAGCACUUCCGUUACCUGCUCGGAGUUUCGCUCCCGAUACAAUCAGUUAGCCAAUAAUGAAACAGUAGAAGUUGAUACAGUCACUGUAAAUGGUAGAAUCCGUACAUAUAGACUAGCCGGGAACAAAUUGAUAUUCUUCGAUAUCGUCCAAGAUGGCCAUAAAGUCCAAAUAAUGUGCAAUCUACGUCAGCUCGAUGAAGUCGACUCAAGCGCAUUCAAAAAGUUCUACCGUCUUCUUCGCCGUGGCGAUGCCUUCUCUAUCACAGGUAGACCACACCGCACAGGGAGAGGGGAGCUCACUGUUCUAGCAACCGAGCUACCUAAACUUCUCUCCCCAUGCCUACAUGAUGUUCCGGUCGAUGCGCGGGAGCAUGAGAACUCACCGUACGCGCGCCAUGUUCAGUUGCUCGCCGACAAAACUACGGUGGAUAUCAUCAAAGCCAGAUCGGCGAUCAUCCAAUACCUUCGCCAGUUCUUCGUGGAUCGGUCUUUUAUGGAAGUCAGCACCCCAAUCCUAAAUUCGAUCGCCGGCGGUGCGAGUGCUCGUCCUUUCUAUACCUCUGCGACGGAGUUUCCAGAGCGUCAACUAUCACUUAGAAUUGCGCCGGAGCUGUGGUUGAAGCGCCUGGUGGUUGGCGGAUUUGACCGGGUAUUCGAGAUCGGCCCUUCGUUUCGUAAUGAAGGGCUCGACAAAACGCACAAUGCCGAAUUCACAACGUGCGAGUUUUACCACGCAUAUUCUAACCUCGAGGACCUGAUGUCCACAACAGAGGCGCUAUUAUCCGGGAUGGCGAAACACAUCGAAGAGUUCAAUACAAGCGGCACUCUCACGCCAACGAAGGUGGACUUCACCGCACCUUUCCGCCGAAUCGACUUUAUAACUGGAAUCGAGGAAGGAAUCGGUCGCAAACUUCCUGAUCUCAUGGCCGCCGAUGCGGCGCAACAGGUCACCCAAACCUUCGAAGAUCUCUCUCUCGCGAUCCCGGAGAACCCUACUCUACCGCGUCUCCUUGACGAGCUCUGCAGUAUCUACGUCGAACCACAAUGCAUAAACCCAACAUUCAUCAUCAACCCUCCCGAAUGCCUGUCUCCACUAUCGAAGACAUUCACCCACCCAACGACAAACCAACGUGUGGCUGCACGCGGAGAACUCUUCAUUGAAGGACGAGAGGUCGUGAACACCUACGAAGAGGAGAACUCGCCGUUCGAGCAAAGACGCAAAUUUGAAGAUCAGCUACAGUACAGCAAAAAUGCUAAUGAGCCGGGGGAGAUCGACGAGGAGUAUCUUAGAGCGCUGGAAUGGGGUCUUCCCCCUACCGGUGGCUGGGGAUGCGGUAUUGAUCGCCUUUGCAUGCUAUUUACCGGCGCAAAGAGGAUUACGGAUGUUCUGUCCUUUGGCAAUUUGCGGAGUGUGACUCGCCGGUAA